AUGAAAGUGCAAAUAAUCUUUUUUGUUGAUCUUUUCUACAAAUUGUACCUCUCUGAUUACCAAGUUGCUUUCUUGGGCCUCAUUCUUUGCACUAGAAAGUUCAUACCACAAAAAAUCCAAACCCAAGCAAAGAAACCCUUUACAAACUCUCAUUCCUCUUUGAAACCAUCACAUUUUAGUUAUGCCUGAUUGGCAGGAGGUAUACUGGAUCUGGAUCUGUAUCCAAAGGUGUGUUCAAUCUUGCUUCUUCCAGCACAGUGAUAUCAGCUUUGGCCAUAUCAAGUCACAGAGCAAACACAAGCAUUCUGACAACAUCCACUGCUCAUAAGAAAUAGCAGUGAUACCCCUCCACAGCUACAAGUUAACGUGACAAACCACCCACAGCUGCUUGGAAAGAGCCACGGUGUUCCUGUUUCCAUCAUCCUUUAGCUCACAGUUCCCCCUUCCAGUGGUUCAUUGGUCAGCGAGGUAAUUCUCAAUGUCACUCUGUGUCUCUGCGGUGCGGCUCCACUAAAGGUCUCAAAAUUGAAGUGUGAAAUGACAGGAACAUUUAUUACAGGUUUCCACUACUGCACAAGAGCUCUCACUUUUUGCAGCUUGAAAUAAACCCAAGUCACAGUACAGAAGCGAGUGCAACCACAGUGGGUUUGAGCAGGAAAAGCCUUCUCAGAAGGGCUAGUGAAGGACUGGUACGGGACAGGAGGCGGUUCUGUCACCAGAAAAAGUACUGCAUACUCAAAUUUUCCACUUAUAGUCAGACCCUCCAGAACACCAUAAAAAUGAACACAAGAAGUGCCCACUGAAUGACAAUAUAUAAACCCUGAGAUAGGGGCCUGACAGUAGACAAUUUCUGCUCUGCCUUGACACAGAAGCCACAGCGAUGAAGCUCCACACCGCAGCAAUCCUGCUCCUCUUCUGGCUUGGUGUCUUCACUGUGCACACAGUCAAAGGGAGCGCUAUCAGUCAAUCCAUGCGCAAAUUCAGGUGUGUAGAUCUGUCUACAAAGCAGUUGAACAUCCGAAAUCUUGUGAGCUAUGAAAAGCAACAAGUACCAACAGAUGCCAUCAUGUUCAUCACUGCAGGAGGUAUCAAGAUCUGUGUAAGUCCUAAUCAGAAAUGGGUUCAGGCUGCUAUAAAGAGAAUAGAUGAAAGACGUGCUGCCAAACGCAAAUAAUCCAAGUAUCUAAGACCAACCAGCUGGAAUCAUCAUCAGUGCUGCAUGAAACAUCGAGGAAAACCUUACUAUCUGCUUUUAUUUCCUAUUUAUUAAGUGGCAAUAAAAUCUUGGAACAAACACAAACUCACCAGAAUCUAUUCAUCUCUGGUUGAAUGCCUGGAGACUUCUUCAUUUUAUGGUUGAACUCCAUUAGUCUGUUUAUUUUCUGAAAUGCUUGCUAAUAUAUAUUUACAGCUGAAUGUAGAUAUCAUCUCAUCCUUGCUGUCCUGAUCAGGAUGGCAUUUAAUGGUGAAUGACUGGUAGUUUCACGCAGUGUAGUGAGGAUGACCACCCACAGGGCUAGGAGAGUGCAGACCUCCAUGCUGAUGGAGACCAGAACAUUCUGCAUUGAGUGCUGGUUUUAAGAAGGUGCUGUCUAAGUUAGUCAGUCACUCUUAUAUAACCUAUACAAACUGAUUUCAUGCUUCAGGCUAUUCCCUGAUCAGUGCCAUAUUCAGAAGAUGAUCCUUGAGUCUUCUAUUUUUACACACAGUAUUGCACUAUUUAUUAGCUCAGUUCACAACAGUGUGUGUGAAUAUUCUCACCUAGGGAUGAUGUGGAGUAAUUCAGUGUAACUAAAUGAAUGUAACCCUGCUCGGUCUUGCCCUGGGGAAGCCUUAUCCUACCAAUGCCAUCUGUGAAGUUACUUCAGUUUUGCCCUCGUGAAACAAACGUGAAACAAUUGGUUUGCUUUUCCCAUUGCUUUUCUUUGAAUAAGAACAAACCAUGGCUGGAAUCUGUAUUUCACAAACUCAUAGGAACUCCCUGCCCUAGAG